AUGUCUCCAGACAUUCGUAUGCUGCUGCAUGCCCUCAUCAAUCCUUCGUCCAACGAAGGAUAUCUGCGGGACCAGCAAACUCUGUCAGAUCUAUUCAAAGAGCCUGAGUUUUUCAUUGCUCUACAGGCUCUAGCGGCCGAUCAGAGCUUGCUGCAGCAGGAACGACUAAUGGCUUCCGUCAUUACAGCCAGGGAAUUGAAAACGAAAUGGAGGAGCAAAGCAUUUCUGGAGGAAGGUGACUUGGCCAUCGCUCGUCCUCAACUGGGGUUGCUGGUAGCUAUAGCUCGUAUCGAAUAUCCCAAAACAUGGCAGAAUCUUCCUCAGCUCCUUCUGGAACCACUUCUUACUUGCUUAGCUCAUCUGGACAACAUUUCCAGCUCAUCAUCUACCACCAGUACUGUCCUCCUCAACACACUUUGGACCAUCAAUGCGCUUAUCAAGGAAUGGCGAACGGUCAAGGUAUCUCAUGGCGCUUCGGUCAUGCAGCAGUUUGAAGAGAUCUUCACUGAUCCUGUUGGAAGAGUCCUUGCCGUUUGGAGCGAACAGGAAAGAAAUGGUCAGGAAGACCUUGUUCUCGCUGAGGCUGGUCGAUAUUCAAUACUUGCUCGUCUUUGUCAAUGGCAAUGGUCUCGAGCAAAAGGUCUUCAGACAGCAUCUGCGCUGCAGAAAAUCAAUUCCCUCGUUCACCACACAGUACAUCAUGCUCCUAUCAUCCAAGCACAUCGCCUGCGCAUUGUCACUCAACCUCCCGCCGGAAAAAUCCUCAAAUCUCUGACUAAGCAUCUCCGGGCUAUCGGCAAAUGGUGGAGAGUCAUGAUUGGGCUGGAUCCCAAAGGCUUUUGUCAGAUCAAUGGAGUGACUACAGGUGUCGGGUGGUGGUGGGGUGAAGUUGGUGGAGUCGUGGCGGGCUCAGAUGGAGCUGUGGCCAAUGAUGUCUUCAACCCUGAUUUCAUUUUAUCCGCCUUUCACUUACUCGUCGACAAGCUGCUACCCCUGACUUCAACGGAUUUAGAGGCAUUAGAGGAUGAGCCGGAAGAAUGGUUGAUAGGAGAAAGCUUCGACGAAGAAGCAUGGGCAUUCGAGUUCAGACCUUGUGCGGAACGAGUCCUUAUUGCUCUUAACAACGCAUGUCGCAAUGUUCCAAAGGAACACAAGGUAAUCGAACCGGAGAUGAUUAGACUACUUGCAACCGCCGAAUCAUCCUAUGGUGGUAUUGACUUCAAUGCGUUGUUGAGCGGAAUCGCCAGCUGGAUCGGACAAGGACAAACACUCGCAGACGAGGAAGCCGCCAAAUUACCGAUUGUGUGGCAAAUGCUGCUCCACUUGCUUUCCGAGCGAGGCGAGGCGUCUGAUAAAGCUGUUCAGCUUAGUGCUGCGAUCGCUAUCAAAGAGAGUGUCGAUCUUACCUGUAGAAUCAAAUUACUGGGAGAGGCUGCUACUCUUGACGGCAAAAGAUACGUGAACGAUGCCAUCGGCGUAAUCAUCGAGAGGGUUGGGGACCAAAUCUUGCCUUUUCUGCCAACUCUCGCUCAAUCAAUUCCACUUCUGUGGCAUAACGCUUCCGGUCUGGAAGGCGAAUGGCUUUUCAAGGCAUCUCUCGUUAUUCUCACUACUAAACUCGUCUCUGCGGCCAAGGAAACUUCUGGUGACUUAAUGGAACUGGUGAUUCCCCUCAUCGAGGAAAGUCUGCAACCUCCUGCGAAAGACUUUUUCGAAGAAGAUGGACUGAUUCUGUGGCAAACCGCUCUGUGGAAUGCAGCCUCACCGUAUCAGCCUACCAAGGAGACCGGUCUAGUCCGCUUGCUGUUAGGGCUUUUGUCGAUGUUGGGAGAAAACAUGGAUCUUUUACCAAAAUUACUACCUUUACUGGAUUCAUACAUCAUUCUCGACGCCCCGGGGAUAAUCGCCACCUACGGUGAGAUCAUUACUUCAACUUUUGCGAAAGCUUUAACAACCAGCAAACAGAAUGCGGAAGCAGUAAAUCGAAUAUUAGUGACCGUUUCACUUCUGGUUCGAGCAGCCCCUUUAGCUCAACUAGCCCCUCUUCUUCUUCACUCAGGUAUCUUUCAACACAUCAUUACCGCGUUGGAGGAUGACAAGGCAUCCGGUUUGAUUCUAGCCGCUUACCUCGACAUUCUUUCCCGACUCGCCAUGUUAGAUCCAGUUACUUUCCUCCAGAUGGUAGCAGAAUCAGCAAGAUUACAGAAUCGGGACAGCGCGAAAUUGUUAGAAGAAGUUUUGGAUGCCCUUUGGAGAAAUUUUGACUAUGUUGGUGAGACCGGGAUGAGGAAGGCGGUUGCCAUGGGCGCUGGAUCUUUGCUUACAACGGGGGAUCACAUUGUCCUGGAUCGUUUCGAUGGAGAAUUUAUCCAGGUCGCUCAAGACGACCCCAGCGGGAAAGAAACCGGACUCCGACCUUGGCAGGAUGAGCAUUCCACCCAGUGGUCGGACAUUCAAGAUACUCCUGAGGGCAAACGUAGAAUCACAUUGGAAAACAAUGAUCCAGCUUAUGCCAUUCCCCUCAAAAGUUACAUCGUGCAAGUGCUCCACCAGGCCCAGGCAGUCGGACUUGGCCCCUAUUGGGAGAAGGCGGAUGAGGGGACAAAGCGAAGCUUGGAGAAAUUUCUAGCUUAG